CGGGGGGGGGGUCAAUCUGGUUAGAACCUUUGGACGAUUGGCCCGCGAGGCCGGCGAGCCUGGCGUGAGAAGCUGCUGUGACAGAGGUAGGGUGGAGGUCCUCUUUCAGAGAUGCGGGUCAGAGGGUGAGAAACAGGCAGAGCCGGGCUAGAGUCACAGGCCUGAGGGAGUUCCUGCCUUUCCGCUUCUGUGUGGAGAAGGGAGAGCCUGGCAGAGGGGCUCGGGAGAGAGGUGAUGGGAGGAAUCGUUCCUCCCGCUCUGGGCGGGUGGGACCGGGCGGGUGGGACCCAGAACACAGAGCACAGAGAAAUCCCCUUUUCCGGAGACAAGAAGGGUGGAUAAGACGGGGCUCUGGGACUGAGAUUCGGGAGAUGGUUCUUGCCUUCUCCGGUGCGACGUCUAAUUUGGUAAUGGAGGACAGGACGCUAAGGAGGAGGAGCCAGUUCUGAACAGCUAUUAUGUUUUCAUUUAUCUUGUCAGAACUCAGCACGGGGAGACUCAUUUGCACAGUGAGGACGUCACUGGGGGAAGGAAGCACAAACCACAGUGAUUCAGUUAAACGCUGUCAGAAUAGAUGUAAAAUGUCCCUGAAAUGGCUCUUAACCAGGGGUCAGUGCAGCGAUGAACAAUUCCACUGGGUCCCGGAGCCACAUAGAACCCCAGGCAGGGUUUGAGAGGCGUUGGCAGAGAGCUCAUGAGAUGGCACCAGAUGAAAAUGGGCCACUAGGAUGAGCCCCCACUUGGAAAUCGUGAUCACGGGCCCAGUCUUCUGAUCGCAGCCACCCGGCAUAUGGGGCCAUGGCCCGGCUCCCGGGGCACCCGGAGGCCCCCGGCCCGGAGCAUGGCAGUACAGGCCGGGGGAGCCGAGGCGGUCGAGCGGCCCGGGCGCGGCACGUCAUUAUCAACGUCGGGGGUUGCCGGGUGCGGCUGGCCUGGGCCGCGCUGGCCCGCUGUCCCCUGGCACGCCUCGAACGCCUGCGAGCCUGCCGCGGCCACGACGAGCUGCUGCGCGUGUGUGACGACUACGACGUGAGCCGCGACGAGUUCUUCUUCGACCGCAGCCCGUGCGCUUUCCGCGCCAUCGUGGCGCUGCUGCGCGCCGGCAAGCUGAGGCUGCUGCGGGGCCCGUGCGCCCUGGCCUUCCGCGACGAGCUGGCCUACUGGGGCAUCGACGAGGCGCGGCUGGAGCGCUGCUGCCUGCGUCGCCUGCGCCGUCGCGAGGAAGAGGCUGCCGAGGCGUGCGCCGGGCCACCGGGUCGCGGGCCCCAGGGGAGCCCAGUGCGAGCCCUGGGCACCGGGCGGCUGGAGCGCGGCCGACGGUGCCUGCGCGAUAUGGUGGAGAACCCGCACUCCGGGCUGGCAGGCAAGCUCUUCGCCUAUGUCUCCGUGGCCUUCGUGGCCGUCACAGCCGUCGGCCUGUGCCUAAGCACCAUGCCUGACAUACGAGCAGAAGAGGAACGGGGCGAGUGCUCCGCAAAGUGCCGCAACCUGUUCGUGCUGGAGACGGUGUGCGUGGCCUGGUUCUCCUUCGAGUUCCUGCUGCGCUCCCUGCAGGCCGAGAGCAAGUGCGCCUUCCUGCGGACUCCGCUUGCCAUCAUCGACAUCCUGGCCAUCCUGCCCUUCUACGUGUCGCUGCUCGCGGGGCUGGCGGCAGGGCCCACGGGCAGCAAGAUGCUGGAGCGCGCGGGGCUGGUGCUGCGGCUGCUGCGGGCGCUGCGCGUGCUCUACGUGAUGCGCCUGGCGCGCCACUCGCUGGGACUGCGCUCGCUCGGCCUCACCGUGCGCCGCUGCGCGCGCGAGUUCGGACUGCUGCUGCUCUUCCUCUGUGUGGCCAUGGCGCUCUUCGCGCCGCUCGUGCACCUGGCUGAGCGCGAGCUGGGCGCUCGCCGCGACUUCUCCAGCGUCCCCGCCAGCUACUGGUGGGCCGUCAUCUCCAUGACCACCGUGGGCUAUGGAGACAUGGUGCCGCGCAGCCUGCCGGGCCAGGUGGUGGCGCUGAGCAGCAUCCUCAGCGGCAUCCUCCUCAUGGCUUUCCCUGUCACCUCCAUCUUCCACACCUUCUCGCGCUCCUACUCGGAGCUCAAGGAGCAGCAACAGCGCGCGGCCAGCCCUGAGCCGGUCCUGCGUGAGGACAGCACGCGCGACGACAGCACGCGUUCGGCCAGCGCCACCGAGGACAGCUCGCAGGACCCCGAGAGCGCAGGCGCAGCAGGAAGCUCGCCAGGCCGGGUGGGACCCUCAGCCUAGUGCCCUGCUAAAAGCUUCCGGAGGGACACGAAGCGUCCGCUGACCCAGGAGUCGCAAACUUGGUCUGGCAUGCCAUUGCAGCCGGCCUGGCACCCCCAAGCAACCCCGAGCUUCGCGUAGCCUGGAGGAUACAGCAGCCUGGUCUUUCUUCCCUCUUUUAUUUUCCCUCCAGUUUUAAAUUUUCUAUGGCUAAUUAAAAAUAAUUGAGUUCCAGAAAGUCCAAGUCUGAAGCAAAUGCCAGCCACCCCAGACUAACUUUCGCCUUCCCUGGCUCCCAAUCUAGGGCAGCCCCAGGGAACAGAGGGUGACAUCCACCUUGUGACCCCCGGUGGGCAAUACCCCAUGUAAAGGACUUCAGCAGGCACCUGACACUACCAGUGUCCACAUCACCUGCCAAGCGUUGGGGCAGAGGUUUGCCGGGGCUGUUAGUCCCCGAGUUCUGCCUAACUGCUCUUUGCAAGGGGAGAGGAGACAUCUCAGCGUUGACCUCUGACCUCUGAUCCUCCACACCAGCUCAAUCCGGUGAUAAGGUUGCUCUCGAGGUUUGCAUGGUGGCCUUUUAACCCUUUCCCUGCCCUCCCAGCUGGUCUGUGGGAAGGUUGUCUGUCUCCAGGGGAUGCUCUCUUCUGUUGGGACGUUUCCCUCAGACAUGGCUCAAGUGAAAACCAAAACUUCGGUGAAGGGCCUAUCGGGGUGAGGGGCAGUUCAGAGAGACUCCUGCUGGGACACUGAUAUGCCAAGGAGGCAUGGCCUUUCUCUACUCCAUGAAAGCAAGGGAAAUGGAACUUUCCAAGCCAUGUGGCUUCACCCUGUCCCCACAACCCAGCAGGUGGUGGCCCAUGCCUGUAAUCACAACACUCGGGAAGUAGGGGCAGGAGGAUCAGAUGUUCCGUGAGCCCCAGGCACCCACCCAACACACACAUCCAUACAUAAGAGAUUCACAGACCUCCUCCAUCAGGAGGGAAAGUCCUCUGUCUUCAGGCCAUCAUCACAGUCUACUGCAUAGUAGCUUUCAGCAAGGCCCCUACGUGGGCUCAGUACAGGCCCAUUUGGGGCCCUUGUACCACACAGGCUUUGCAAGAAUCUACUGCAACCAAAUAACAAGUUGCAAGCCCCCUCCUCACAGCAGGAAGCCGAGUUCUGCUCAGUUGGGUAUCAUGUA